AUGGACAUUGAAGCUCACUCGCAAGAGCCGAUUAUCAACACAGUCGAGGUUGUUAAUGGCGCACAGUUCCGUGAUGCAGUUCUUUCGCGGAGAGUUCAGCCACUGUUAACGGCAACAACUCUUUACGAGCUCUACGAGCGCCUGGACCCUGUGGCUCACAGCCUGUCUGUGCUCGGUGACGUUCGCUAUCGCCUCGACACAGCCGAAAGCUCGACAAAUGUGGUGCCUCGCGCCGUGAAAACGCAAGUUAUCCUUUCAAACACGCAGCCUGUCUCACCUACCGUUUUCCAGUUUGUCUCAAACAAUGAUAUUGCUGGGCUCUCUGGCCAGCAGAUUUUCCACAACCGAUUGGGCUUUGGUGAGCAGGUCGAGCUUGCUGGUCGUGUUUAUUCGAACCCUGCCGCUUUGGGUUCUGGCUCAGUUACCACCUCGGUGCCGAUGCCACUGGGUGCAUCCAAGUUGGCUGUCCAGGGGUUCUUUUUCAAUCAGGAUAGGCCAUGGGGCGGCUAUGCUUUGGCAUCUCAUGGAUUGUCAGCUAAAAUUACCAGCAAUUUGUCCAAGUCCUUAACUGCCGAUCUUGGUAUCGAAGCCGUCUCCCGCCAUGUUCAUUCAAUGGGCGACGCCGCUUCCGAUACCGUUCGGGCGGCUGCAGGUGCCAAUUCUGUAAAAGUAUCCGCGCUGGCCGGCCUUCAACAUAUCGGUAGCAACUACAAACUGAAUGCCGUCACAGAGUUUGCUGGAAAGCCUGGUGACUCGGCCUAUACCAAGAUUUUUGGCUCUUUCAAUGUGUUCGAGAAGCUCUGUAAGAGUGGCGCUCUGGUCGCUGAUUUCGGGGUUUCUGCUGGAUUCAUGAAGGGUGAAGCUAGAAUCUUUGACAAUUUUGUUCUCGGAGGUGUCAAAGAUGUCUAUGGCGUUGCCCUCAAUUCAAUGGGUCCCAAAGACGGCCAAGAUUUCAUUGGCGGCCAGGCCUUUUACCAGGGCAGAGGUACUCUCACUGCUAAAGUGCCCGGAAAGCCUUUUUCACCUCUGCGUUUGACCGCUUUGCUGAGCACCGGUUCCUUGCAAAGCAACUGUGGUAAAACUUUCCAAGAUAAUCUCAACAAUCUCGCCAAAUCGUCUCCUGUUGUUUCCGCAGCAGUCGGCUUAACUUACAACACUGACGCUGCUACUUGUGAAAUGCUCUAUGUUGUGCCUUUAAAAACUCAUCAUGGUGAUGUGACGCGCGAAGGAUUCCACCUUGGCGUUCAAUUAACUUUUGCCUAA